AUGUCCAGCAUCGAGAAGUUAUCGAUCCGCGGCAUCCGGAGUUUCAGUCCAAACCGGGAAGAAAUCAUUGAGUUUUACCAUCCACUGACUGUCUUAUUAGGCGACAACGGAUGUGGCAAAACGACUGUGAUCGAGUGUUUAAAACUCGCGUGCACGGGUGGGUUACCCCCUGGCGCGCGCAGUGGCCAUAGCCUCGUGCACGACCCGAAACUCGCCGGUACAAACGAAGUGAAAGCCAGUGUCCGACUGCGCUUUCGCAAUCGUGCAGGAAAAGCAAUGGUCGUCCAACGCACGUUUCAAGUCCGCCAGACGCAAAAGAGUCUUCAAUUUAAAGCACUGGAUGGCGUCAUUCGCGUAGUGAAUGAAGUGGGCGAGAAAGUGUCGCUGAGUCACAAAUGCGGCGAACUCGACCAGCACAUUCCCGAUAUGUUGGGCGUGUCAAAAGCCAUUCUCGAGAACGUGAUUUUCUGUCAUCAAGAAGACGCAAAUUGGCCAUUGCGAGAAGGCGCAGAGCUGAAAAAAAGGUUUGACCAGAUCUUUGAAUCCGCGCGGUAUACAAAGGCACUCGAAGCCAUUCGAAAACUCAAGAAAGCUCGACUGGAUCACGCAAAAGAUUACAAGCGGGAUCUCGACAUAUUGACGGUCAAUAUGAAGGCCGCCGAGACGAUUCGUCGGUCGCUCGAAGCGAGACAAGAGCAGUUGCAACAGGCAAGAGACGAGGAAGCUGAAGGACGAGAUGAGAUUGCAGAGGCCGAAAAAGCUCUGGAAGAGCUGCAAGUGCUGCAGACAGAAGUGAAGCGAGUGCACGGGCAGUUGAAACGACGGGAAGAAGAUGUGGGGGUGAAGGACGAGAGCGUGCGUCGCGCGUACAGCAAGAUUGAAAACAUCAUGAGCGAUACAGACGACGAGCUGCAAGCAGUGUUGAACGACUAUGACGCAAUCAUCGAGGAACAUCGACGAACGUUUGCCAGAGUGCAAGAAGAGGACGCAAAGCUGCAGACUGAACAGAGUCAAGCAAACGAGGAAUAUGUAGCGCUGCGGGCGGCGAAAGCGCGAGUGGAGACGAACAUCGACAUGUACCGGAAGAAAGUGGUAGACCUGGUUGACUUGGCGUCGAGACUGAGCACGAAGUAUCGUUUUCACCUGCAACCGCUAUCGUCGCAGCAGGACGACAUUUCGGCGUUCAUGGCAGAGUUCAGGAACGUUGUGAAGAACAAACAAGACGCAGUGAACAGUCUAGAUGCAAAGCAGAGACAAGACGAUGAGAAGCUGACCAUGGAGCUGUCUGAGUUGACGUCUCAAGUGAAACAAAUACGCAGUGAACUAGAGGCAAAGACGCGAAGUCUCGAGGCGUUGAACCGGGACAAAAAGGCCAUUGCUCAUCGUCUUAGCGAGCUUGGUGGUGCAGGAUUGCAUUCUCAGCGAGAAGCGGAAGAAAUGAGCACGCAAGUACUCGAGGCGGAACAAACGUUGGCGGAGUUUAAGAAAACACAUGACGUAGCGGCUUUGAAACAUGACAUCCAAGGCUUCAACCGGCAGAUCAACGAUAUCAAUGGGACAGUGGAAGAUCUCGGGCAACAGAUUACUACACUGCGCACCUAUGCGCAUAAGAACUCUGAGCUCGAGAUCAAGCGCAGCGAAUACAAAAGGAGACAGGAAGCGUUCCAAGCCGACUUGAGUGACAAGGUGUUGGACAUCGAAGAGAUCUUGGAAGGCGGUGAACCACCAACGGACAGAGCUUCACUCGUGUCGACGAUUGCUCGAAUGGACGGUCUCAUAGCCGAGCGGCAACGCAGUUGCGAUGUAAAGAAGAAGGAGCUGAGGUCGGCCGAGCAGCGUCUGGUAGAAAACGAGACAUCGGCGAAACUUGCUGAGAAGGAGUUGAGCGUGUUGCGUGCGAAAAAAAACGAGCUCGAUAUGCACGAUAUGCCCGGUUUGAAAGCACUGCUUGACAAGGUCAUUCCUGGUCACGAUCUCACAAGUGCUGAGCUUGGGGUAAAAGAGGCCGAGCGCGCUUACGCUGAUGCCAAAGACAAGGUCGUUCGUCGCAGAAACAUGGUGAUGUUCCUCAAGAUCUACAAGAACAAAGGCAUGGCGGAUCACUGCUGUCCCCUGUGCGAGCGUGGUAUGAACCGCGAGGAAGAGCGGGUCUACGAAAGCAUUUUGAACGACAAGACGGACGACAAGAAAGUUGCCGACAAAAUCAAAAAGGCCGAAAGCCUCGAAACGUCCUCGCUCGAGACGCUGAACGGGAUAAAGGAGAGGAUGCCGAGCUGGCGCAAGUGGAUGGAGCUCGAGACCAGUAUUCCGCAAAAAGUCAGCGAGCUGGAAGAGAUGUAUGCUUCACAGAAGAUGCUGGAAUACGACGUACAAGACAAGAUACCGUUGUUCGACCAGGCACUGGAACAGCUUGAAGCCGCAAAGACGGCCAAGUCUGAAAUGGAGGUAUUGCGGAAAUGUGCCGACGACUUGCACGCUUCGGAUGCAUCGAUCACAAAAGAAGAACAACGUAUGCGAGCGUUGACAGGAGGGAGUCAUGGACCUCAUGGUCGGUCGUUGCUGGAAGUGGAAGCAGAGAGAGAUUCGAAGCAAGCUGAAGCGCAGGACCUAAACCUCCAGCUACAGCGCAAACAGAAAGAAGUCGACCGCAUCAACGAGAUGUUACAGCAACUGCAGAACGAUCUGCACAGCUGUAGGGAAGAAAAGAUGAAGAAAGAGACACGGCGCAAGGAGUACGACGAGGCUGUGAACGAGCAGAAUCGGUUGCGUGAGCAGGAGAAGAUGUUGAAAGAGACUUGCUUGAAGCUGAGGAAGUCAGAGCCCGAACUAGAGCGUGACGUUCGCUCGAAAACGGCCGAGCGCGAGACACGCCGGGCUGAGGCAAGCGAACAACUACGAGCCAAGCGGUUGGAGCUUCAGGAAGGCCAGGGUGAUUUCCGUGUCUUCAGUGACAAGGCCAAGCAAGUUCAGGGCGGAGAGCUCGAUAAACUUGACCGAGAAGUACAGUCGUUGAGCGACCGUAUUGCUCAGACGAAGCAGAAGGAGGAAGCAGUGAACCAAUCUAGGGCCAAGUUGGCACCCCGAAUGAAGAGCGCGGAGAAAAGUAUCGGCGAGAACGAAAUCGUCAAGCGACACAUCCAAGACAAUCUCGACUACCGUGGUCUGCAAAAAGAGCUCGAGAAGAUACGCGCAGAGGUUCAGCACCUGAGAGUUGAAGUCGGAAAGUUGCCAACGCUCGGUGAUGUCAAUGAUCGAGUUGCAGCAGCCAGUGCGACGCUUCAGGCUGCACAGGUUUCUUGCGCAACGUUGACAGGAAAGAAGCAGCAGCUGAUGGAGAAUAUCCGCGAAGACAAGAUCAAGCUGCGUGCGCCGAACUUGAAGGACAUUGAAGAGAAGUACCGGUACAAGCUGAUCCAGUUUGAGACGACACAGAUGGCUGUCGCGGACUUGGACCGCUAUUUCAAGGCGCUGGACGAGUCGUUACUGCAGUACCAUGCGAAGAAAGUGGAGGAGAUCAACACGAUCAUUCGUACACUUUGGCAGAUCACGUACAAGGGUCAAGACAUCGACACGAUUGAACUCGUGAGCGGACAGCAAGAGGGCGUGGUGUCGAAAGCUGCACGUUCGUAUGACUACCGCGUCGUGAUGAAGAAGGCAGGAACAGCGAUUGACAUGCGAGGUCGGUGCAGUGCAGGACAAAAGGUGCUGGCUGCUUUGGUCAUUCGGUUGGCACUGGCCGAGACCUUUUGUCUCAAUUGCGGGAUCUUGGCGUUGGACGAGCCCACGACGAACCUCGACACGGAGAACAAAUUCGGUCUGGCGCAGGCAAUCACAGACAUUCUGAGCGCGCGCUCGCAGCAGCAAAACUUACAGCUGGUAUGCAUCACGCACGACGAAGAGUUUGUGCAAAUGCUCAGCCGGACUCAAGCCAUGGACGGCACUCGGCCUGAGUUUUACUGGCGCAUUUCGAGAGAAGAUAUUGGUGGCAACCGCUUUGUCAGCAAGAUCGAGCGACACGAGUGGGAAAACGGCAUCUAA